AACAUCUAAAAUAUUGAAAAUAGAAAAGAUUACACAUUUCUAACUUAAAAUAAAAGCGAGCACAAAACACAACACCUACCAUAUUAACGCCGAUAUUCACACGACAGGGGAAAAGGGGAACACAAUCAAAACUUCAACAACACAGGAAUACCAGAACUACAUAGAUGAUGGCACGCCCCCUUCUCCCGGAAAAGUGUUUUGUAAUCAAUGCUGAUGCCAAAGUAAGUCCCACUUUCUCACUCUAUUAUGUAUAAAGUUUAGAGGGUUUUGCCACACGGAUAUUCCAUCAUCAUACGUAUACAAAAUUUAAAUAAAAGUUUUUUUUUUCAAGUUUGGGCGAAUUCUGAGAAUCCGCUGAACUGUUAUUUUAUAUUCUCUUCUUUUUGGCGUUGGCACCGCUUCCGCGAUUGUAGUCAGUUUACACAGCCGUAUAAGUUUCGAGGGAUAAAAAUCUAGACAUAGCUGCGAAGAGGCAGCUCCUAUUCAUGCUUUCAUCUGUCCAUAUUUCAUUCAGCAGGCUGGAGAAGUAUUCCCUCCAUAAAUUCAGUAUACUCUGGGCAUCCGUUACUAGAUCACUUCUCUUUGGGUUCUACAGAAGUAUGCUCCGGUCCGGAAUUUUUGAGCUUUUCAUACUCAGGCAUCUCGGCUGCGUUCUUUUUUAUCUGUAUAUUCGUAUUGCCUUCCUCUUCAGCUCUCGGUAUCGAGGUAGGCAGCCUGCCUCUCCACAGCGACACGCCAGACCAGCCAGUUGUUUUUGCAACUUUUCGAUAUCCAAAAACUUCGUUUGCAGCGACACGUAAGAAGCUCGAGAUGCCGCUCCACAGCUCCCGAGUCGAUGUAAGGACCUCGUAUCGUACUCACAUCUAAAACACUGGGUACAUGUCUUCCGUCUAUCACAACGCGAUAUAUGGUUAUGGGGUUUUCGAACUUUCUUUUCUUGUGCUUGGAAUCUAAUGCUGUAGACAGACAACCAUGUUUCGGGGUCUGGCGAAGUCGAUCAACCUCAACCAAUUUGGGGAUGUUUCUUCGUAGAGGCUAAAUUUUCUGACAGUUGUGCCGAGGACAUCUUCUUUGACCAGCAUAGCGUUGGGGCCGCCAAGCGCAAUUUUGACAUCUUAGAAAGGGGAUUCGCUCAUAAAAGGCUCUCGUAAAAGGCAUCCUUGGUUACAUCGUCCUUUUCUUUCGUCGGGGCGUGGGCACAAGUCAACGAUAUGUUAAAAAUUGUUGCUUUGAUGCAGACUUUGCGGAGACGUUCAGCCUCCGGAGUGAAGGCCCGGGCCACAGUGACGGAGUCGCUCUCCCAUCACGAAUCUGACACAAAACGGGCCAAACGGAUAGUUGUUAGCUACCUUGGGGAUACUUGGUCUAAGUCCAGAAGUCGUGAGCUGUUUGAACCAUAUGGCCACUCCAAGUACCAAAACCGGACCUGUAUCCUCCCAUGUAUAUAUGCAUUCCCCUCAUAUGCACCACAUGCAUUGGUCUGAAAAUCCACCCAACGUGACCAGAACCAGCGCAUUUUACACUGUCCAAAGAUACGUUGUACAACAUUCAACCUGCCCACACAGAGAACAGAGAAAGGAUUCAGAAGAUCCAGAUAACAAUAAACAAUUACCUCUAUACCCUAGAGACAAACGGAGUAUCUACAGAUAGCUUGCGCCCAAUGCUUCUCUAUCUGUGCUCUUAAGAACUGACGGAUGAAACACUAGCUCUUUGUGAACAUUCUCUCGACACAAAGAUGAAGGUAGCGCAACGGAGCGACUUAGCUCAUAUAGACCUAAUAAGACCACAGAACUUCGACAAGUGUCGGCUGUGCUGCCGCACACACUCAUUACCUCGCUGUCAUGCGUUCCUAGCAAUGACUCCAGAUGAGCGAUAUGUGUCUGCGAAGGUACAUAAAUAUUGUAUUAAAUGCUUGGCGAACUCGUAUGCGACAGGAAGUUCGAAGAGAGCUCCCAAACAAACGCGCGAUAAAUAUAUUGCUAGUGGACAAAGCAAGAAGCACCAAAAAGAGCAGGUCACCGUAACGUUGACGCUGACAAAAUUCCGAAGUCGAAUCAGCGGCCUGGUCAGCGAAGCUAAGAAGGCAUUACAACAAUCAGAGGAAUUGGUGCAUGUUACGACCCUGCAGGCCCCUCAGCAUGUAGAAGACAUGGAAGACAACCCUGAUUGAAUUUAAGCCAAAAUAUAUUACAUAAUAAUAAUAUCCCAACAACAUACAUUCUAUUCAUACAGUUGUUGACAACCAAUUAGAAAUACUCUCUCCUUGUAAGUGCUUGUUGAGUAUAAUAGUAAAAUUUACGAAUUUACCGUUAUAUUCCCUUAAAAACUUGCAUUGUUUUUGUUACUCCAUUUUCUACUCAAUGCCUCCUGAUUUAUAGUCGUGCAUUUAAUUUACUAUUGGGUUGCCCAAAAAGUAAUUUCGGAUUUUUCAUAUA